AUGUUAAAAAAACAAAAUGAAAGACUCGCGGCAGAGGGGAAACGGACUGAAUUUACAUUCAACGGGUUGCCGGUAACUAUGGAGAAACUACAGCGGCACGUUUCCGGAUUUCAACCAGGAGAUUCCCCCGCAGCAGCUACUCCGGACUAUGUUGAAUAUUGGACUCCCCGGAAUCCUGACCCUGGGACGCCCAGCGAAUUAUAUGGAACCCCAAGAGUCGAUAACGAUAGUACACCUAUGAAGCAAAACCCAGAGACACCUCGCCCGCACUUCACGCAUUAUCAGCCUGUAAAUUCAUUCGACCAUGAUAUCCAGUCCCCACUAGGCACAUACACCAACCCUGUUUAUAUUGAUGGUGAAGAUACUGAGAUGGUUGAUGCGGAGAAUAUUCCUCCCGGGCCCGAAUUGGUUUUUCCUGCCAAUCCGACCAUUGAAAGCCAGCACGAAGAAGAUUACAAUCCCAUUUCCUCUCCGCCCCGCUCCCAAUAUACCAACAGUACUAUCAUGUCUACUACUACCAUGGGAGCGGAGAAGGUCCCAGGUAUUGUAGAUAGAUCUUCGGAGUCUCGUAACUCUUUGAACACUUCCCUAGGGCUAGAGAAAACAGGCAUAGAACGAUCCCCUAGCUAUAGAACCACUCAUAACAGUGAAAGGGAAGACAAUAUACAAAGAUUAUGCCAGCUCUUGCACCGCAAAUCUUUCUCAGAGCAAGAGGUUUUUCCUCUGAUUGAGAGCGGGUCAGGCUUAUAUGCUCAGUGUAGCUGUUGUUCAAAAAGCCCUCUACAUCUAGCGGCACAAGACGGUCAUGAAGCUGUGGCCCGCCUACUGCUCGAGAAGGGCGCGGAUGUCUCUGCUCUUGAGGUUGAUACAUACACUCCCCUACAUCUAGCGGCACUAAACGGUCAUGGAGCUGUGGCCCGCCUACUGCUCGAGAAGGGCGCGGAUGUUUCUGCUCUUCAGGUUGAUUCGUGGACUCCCCUACAUCUAGCGGCACUAAACGGUCACGAAGCGGUUGCCCGCCUGCUGCUCGAGAAGGGCGCGGAUGUUUCUGCUCUUCAGGUUAUAUCAUACACUCCCCUACAUAUAGCGGCACAAAACGGUCAUGAAGCUGUGGCCUGCCUGCUGCUCGAGAAGGGCGCGGAUGUUUCUGCUCUUCAGGUUAUAUCAUACACUCCCCUACAUAUAGCGGCACAAAACGGUCAUGAAGCUGUGGCCUGCCUGCUGCUCGAGAAGGGUGCGGAUGCCUCUGCUCUAGAAAAACAGUUCUCACAAACACCCCUACAUCUAGCGGCACAAGGCGGUCACGAAGCGGUUGCCCGCCUGCUGCUCGAGAAGGGCGCGGAUGUUUCUGCUCUCGAGGUUUAUUCAUGGACUCCCCUACAUAUAGCGGCACAAAACGGUCAUGAAGCUGUGGCCCGCCUACUGCUCGAGAAGGGCGCGGAUGUCUCUGCUCUCGAGGUUGAUUCAUGGACUCCCCUACAUAUAGCGGCACGAAACGGUCAUGAAGCUGUGGCCCGCCUGCUACUCGAGAAGGGCGCGGAUGUCUCUGCUCUUACGGAAAAGUCAAGUACUCCCCUAUAUCUAGCAGCACAAGACGGUCAUGAAGCUGUGGCCCGCCUACUGCUCGAGAAGGGUGCGGAUGUCUCUGCUCUUCAGGUUGAUUCAUGGACUUCCCUACAUCUAGCGGUAGAAAACGGUCAUGAAGCGGUUUCCCGCCUACUGCUCGAGAAGGGCGCGGAUGUCUCUGCUCUUCAGGUUGAUUCAUGGACUCCCCUACAUAUAGCGGCACUAAACGGUUAUGAAGCUGUGGCCCGCCUGCUGCUCGAGAAGGGCGCGGAUGUCUCUGCUCUGCAGGUUGAUUCAUACACUCCCCUACAUCUAGCGGCACAAAAUGGUCAUGAAGCUGUGGCCCGCCUACUGGUUGAGCGUGGCGCUGACCCACUUAUGAAGUCACAUUCUGGCAUUACUCCUCUACAAGUAGCAGUAAGGAAUAAGCGUAAUGCGAUAGUUCCUCUUCUUGAGCAAUUCACUGCCGCAGCUAGUAGAUUAGCCCCAUGGAACCACUGGCAAUCGAGAUAUAUAGGUUACAUGCAAUAUUAG